AUGUGCACCAGCAGCCACAUCAUCGGGAGCCUCCUGGUGCUCUCCGUGCUGGAGAUAGGGCUGGGGGUCUCCAGCGUGGCCGUGGGGGCGGUCAGUUUCAGCCUGGUCCUUGGGGAGCAUCCGCCUCAGCUGGGAGACUCUUCUCCGUUUCUGCUUUGUGGAGCAUGUGGAAUACUGUGUGCCAAGAAAAAAUCAGGACUUGUCAUGAUCCUUUUCUCAGCCUGCUGUAUCUGUGGACUCAUUGGAGGAAUAUUAAACUUUCAGUUCCUUCGCGCACUGACCAAGAAAUCCUCGGCUCUCUAUUCAUUGCAUGUUACAUCCAUGUCCCUGGCAUGCAUUGGGAUUGGGGGCUGCACCCUUUCUUCAUGGCUCACUUGCCGGCUUGCCAGCUAUGAGCAAAGGCGAAUGUUUUCAGAAAGAGAGCAUUCACUGCAUCACUCCCAUGAAAUGGCUGACAAGGAAAUGACAGGCAACACGAGCAAUGGAGGACCACAUUUAAUUUAUAAUGGAAGAGCAUACUGA